AUGGACGUUCUUCGCGGUGCUUGGGCACCCAACCCAGCGUCGGCCCUUCAGUCGCCGCCACCACGUCGCAUCUCCACAAUCGCAGGGCAGCGCCUCUCCGCUGUCGUCUCUGACAGAACGCCGUCGUCGCUGUCAAUGUCGUCGCAAUCUCCGAGGCUCCAGAGUCGAUGGAGCGACAGCACCCAUCUUGCCAGGACGAUACCGCGCACCAGCCAUGACUCCAUGCCGCCCGCCUAUGCCCUGCACUCCAACCGUCUGGAAGGAGACAAACUUAUUCCGAUAGGGCCGGUCACGCGAAAAAGAGGAGGAUGCAAGAGAAUCGGCUUCCUGGUACUGGUUGCACUACUGGUCAUUGGCCUUGGUAUAGGUCUAGGUGUGGGCUUGACCCGUGGAGGGGGAGGUGGCCAGUCUGGCAAGCCAUCAGCACAGCCGGGCACGAACACGCCAUCACAGUUGGCAUAUCCCGUGGGAGAAUACAGUCUCGUCACCGCCCUGCGCGUAAUUGAGAAGAAUUGUACAUCGGACCCCAACACCUGGCGCUGCUUCCCUGGCCCGACUUUUGAUCAGUCCUCGGCUGCUUCUCUGGCGAACUUCAACUGGGUCCUGUCCAACACCUCUGCCUUGUAUGCCUCCAAUAGCAGCGGCUUGUCCACGUCAAGCACUGGCGUUGAUGCAAACAUGACCAUCUCUGCGUCUGACAACCCUCUCAGUAUCGUCUUUGGUACAACCCCCCUGACGUUUAUCAACGACACGUCUCCACGCUACACCUUUGCAGCGAACAUAUCUCAGAAAAUCCUUCCGGCAUCUAACAUAACCGCGGACAACAGGGCCACCGUGUGCUUCUUUAACCAGACUCAAGUCCGGGGAACCUUGCAUCUCGACGAUACAUUUGCUCAGCAUUACACCUAUCUUGGCAACAAUGCAAGUUUCACACUCUGGCCAUACGCUGUUCAGGUUGAGCUCGUCAGUCCAGGCGGUACAGACACGCCGGCUUGCUACUACACAACAAACGGCCUUGUUGGAGACCAGAUCACCGAUGUCCUCAUUGCUCAACCAGCUGAGGACACGUGUGAGUGUGAAUACAGGAACUAUUUCUGA